CGCCGGUAGAGGCGUAGAGCACCGUGGCGGUCGCGCGCGGGCAUACACAACCGGCGGGAAACACGAUGUCGAGCGCCACGGGCGCUGCGGGGGACGACGACGAGGUGAUCCACGACUUCGCCCCGCUCCUCCUCGUGUACAGGAGCGGCCGCCUCGAGCGGCCCAUCGCCAUGCCGCACGUCCCACCCGGCCGCGACGCCGCCACGGGCGUCGUGUCCAGGGACGUGACCCUCUCCCCGCACUCCUUCGCGCGCCUCUACCUCCCGCCCGCCGCCGCCAGCGGCUCCGGCAAGAGGCUCCCCGUGGUCGUCUACUUCCACGGCGGCGGCUUCGUGAUCGGAUCGGCCGGGUCAGCCGCGUACCACCGCUGCCUCAACGACCUCGCCGCGGCCUGCCCCGCCGUGGCGGUCUCCGUCGACUACCGCCUCGCGCCGGAGCACCCGGUCCCUGCCGCGUACGAGGACUCCCUCGCGGCGCUCAGGUGGGCGCUCGCCGCGGGCGACCCGUGGCUCGCCGCGCACGGCGACCCCGCCCGCGUGUUCCUCGCCGGGGACAGCGCGGGCGGAAACAUCUGCCACCACCUCGCCAUGCACCCGGACAUCCGCCGGGGCGCGGGCGGCCUCAGGGGCGUCGUGCUCAUCCACCCGUGGUUCUGGGGCAAGGAGCCCAUCGGCGGGGAGCCGAGGAGCGCCACGAAGAUGCAGAAGGGCCUGUGGGAGUUCGUGUGCCCCGGCGCGGUGGGCGGCGAGGACGACCCCCGGAUGAACCCGACGGCGCCGGGCGCGCCGGGGCUGGAGAACCUCGCGUGCGGGAAGGUGUUGGUGUGCGUGGCCGAGGGGGACGUCCUGCGGUGGCGCGGGAAGCUGUACGCGGAGGCGGUUGCGCGGGCGAGGGGCUGCUCCGAGCUGGGAGUGGAGCUGUUCGAGUCCAAGGGGGUCGGGCACGUGUUCUACCUGCUGGAGCCCGCGGCGGAGAAGGCCAAGGAGCUGCUGGACAGGAUCGCGGCGUUUGUCAGAGCGGAGUGACUAGUGAGGAGGGCGGCUAUGGUCCGUGGACGUCGUGGGUAAUUUGGCAGGAAGCGGGCGUGCACGCUUGACGUUUGGUACAGAGUGGUCGUUAGACCCACUACUCUAGCGAAUGAGUAACAAGAAUUUUUCCACGCAUUAUGGAAUUUUGUGUUUAGUAUGUAUUAAAUGUUACAAUUAUAGUUGAAUGGGAAAAAAUACUGUCA